AUGUCGCUCAAACAGGAAAUCGAAACGUGGGUCGAGGCGCUUGGUCACUACGACAAUCAGGAAUUCGAGGAGUCCUUGACCAUCUUCGACAACAUCGCCGAUACUUCCAAGAUCUUAUUCAACUGCGGGGUCAUCCACGCAACCAUCGGCGAACAUGAUCGAGCGGUGGAAUGCUACCAACGUGCCAUCAAGCUCGAUCAAUACCUCGCUGUGGCAUACUUCCAGCAAGGCGUCUCAAAUUUCCUCGUCGGCGACUUCGAAGAAGCACUGGCCAAUUUCAACGACACCCUCCUCUACCUCCGUGGAAACACCUACAUCGACUAUGAGCAAUUGGGCUUGAAGUUCAAACUCUACUCUUGUGAAGUUCUCUUCAACCGCGGUCUAUGUUAUAUGUACCUUCAACAAGAAGAGCUGGGAAUGAAAGAUUUCAGCUAUGCACAAAAAGAGAAAAUGACUCCGGACCACGAUGUGAUUGACGAUGCAAUUAAAGAAAAUGCUCAGGGAUAUGUCGUCUUCAGCAUUCCCGUGGGCUGUGUUUACAGACCGAAUGAAGCAAAAGUCAAGAACUUGAAAGCUAAAGAUUAUCUCGGAAAAGCUCGCCUAAUAGCCACGUCGAACCAACAAAAUACUGGAACUGGAUUUUCCGGCACUGAUAGAAGGCAGGUCCUCGCCACCGAGUUUGCUCCCAAGGACGACCGACCGGUGGAGAACAUCAGCUAUGCAGCAACAAAUCUUGUACAACGAAAUCUAUCGAGUAGAAUUCCUCGAGAUCAAAGCGCUCCUCCAGUCAUGGGUAGAAAUGUCUUUCCCCCCACUCCACCUCCUGAGACCGAAAAGCCACGCGGCAGUCCCUCCACUUCCAACCUACCUCUACGCUCCACAUCUAUGCGUCAGCCCCGCAAUGCAUUUACCAGACCAGACAUGGAUCCUCCUCGACCUGGUAUGUUGUCACGAUCAAACACGUUCGCUGUCAACGAUGCGGGCAUGGGUAGACAGCAACCUCCUGUUCGAGAAAACUCCUGGGGAGAAGAACCUGUGAUGAUGGACCGGCCACCCGUGGAAAGGUCACGCUAUGGAACUCAGAGAACAGCAUCAGAACCUCGAGGUCCUGCCUCAAGACAACCUCCAAUGGGCCGGUCCAUGUCACAACGGCAACCAGCACCUUUGUUCCGUGAGCAAUCUCGCUACGAAGACCCCAAUGAUACGGUGGACGAUGUCUACCAGAUGUACGCCGCAGCUCCUCCAAGGAGGAGACAGACAACGCGUCGGCAGGAACAGCCUGCAUACAUUAACGAAGAAGACGAAUACAUAGAUGAAGUUGGCGAAUCUGAGGAAGAAAUGCCUGGUUUCGAACCUGUACGACGUCCCACAUCCGGACGAAGUAGUAAACGGGUCGAAAUGCGCAAAGUCCGAGUCAAAUGCCACUUCAACGAAGACACACGAUACCUUAUGAUUGGCUCAGUGAUAGAUUUUGGAGAUUUUGAAAGCAAGAUUAGAGAAAAAUUUGCCAUCAAGGAGCAACUGAAAAUCAGAAUGCAAGAUGAUGGUGACAUGAUCACCAUGGGUGAUCAGGAUGACCUGGAGAUGCUUCUUACUAGCGUUCGCACCGCUGCCAAGAAGGAGAGAAGUGAAAUGGGCAAAAUGGAGGUAUGGAUCUCAACAUGA